GUAUUAUUUGUACAAUAAUUAUGUCAAGCAAGAUUCCAUACUGUUGUGCGUUCUUAAACUGUGAAUUUGCAAAAUACAAACGCCGUGUAAGACGACGAUAUGCACUUGAAGAUCAUGAUCCUAAUUCACAGGACAACGGUUCUCUUGCUGCUCAUUCGGAUGAUUCUAGAUCAGUGUCAACAUUAUCUGAGAGCAAUACAUCAUAUACAGAUGAUUCAGAUGAUGAAUUCUUAGACAUUGCUGUAUCCCCAACAGGAUCGUCUCCAGAUUCACUUCUACUUGGAUUCAGUACAUUAAUAGAAGAAGAUAUUAUUAGCCAGUCAUCAAUUAUUGUUAAAAGAAAAAUUACAAAAUAUUCUUCAGAUACUCCUCGCAAGACUGAUUUAUUGUUUGGUGGUACUAAAAAUAAUGAAGCAGUUGUGAGAAAAAGAAAGUUGACACAUGAUUUAGAAUCAAAUCCUGAAAUUAAUGUAUUAUUAAACUAAACUAGACCUAGUACGAAAUCUAAA